AAAUUGAAAAAUGUAACGGAGCGGGAGGCUUUUCAUUUUUACUGGCAGGAACCGGGAAGAAACGGAUGAGAUUUUUUGUUUUGUUGUAAGCGGACGCCAAAUCAAAAUGCAAUCACCUUAAAUAUUCACUUUUAUUUUCCCUUUUGGUUCUCGGAGUUGGACGCCAAUGGCGAGGAUUAAGCACACUGCCCACAAAAAAUCCGUCGCCAGAAAAUCGUCAACUCCCAAAGAAGCUGCUGCUGGUACUGGCGGAACCUCCGCGGCGUCGCCUGCAAAACAACCGGAACCAUCUGCACCAUGGAGGAGAUCCGAGAGGAGUUCUCAGAGAACUUCUGAAUCUCAAGAGCAGCAGGAACCUGAGACGAAUGCUCAAGCAACACCGCAAUCAAAGAAGCAGAAGCAAUCUGAGAGGAAUCCUCAAACGCCUCAAUCAAAGAAGCAGAAGCCAUCUGAGAGGAAUCAUCCACCAACACAGAAGAAGAAAUGGCGUUAUAGGCCAGGAACCGUGGCUCUUCGGGAGAUCAGAUACUACCAGAAGACGUGGAAUCUGAUCAUCCCCGCUGCUCCAUUUAUCAGAACCGUGAGAGAGAUCAGCAUCAAUAUGUCUAAAGAUCCCGUACGUUGGACACCUGAAGCUUUACAAGCAAUUCAAGAGGCAGCCGAGGAUUUUUUAGUCCGCCUGUUUGAGGAUUCGAUGCUUUGUGCAAUCCAUGCCAGGCGUGUCACUCUUAUGAAGAAGGAUUUAGAGCUAGCUCGACGGAUUCGAGGGGAAGGGAGGUUCUGCUGAGAGCAUGACAGUAGUAACUGGCUCCAUAAUCACUGAUCUAACAAUUUUAGAAAAGGACAGCAUUCUUUUUUUCGGUCCGACAGUUGCCAUCUUGCCACUUAGCAUUGAUUUUUUUUGUUGAUUGAUUCGUCUUUUGUUUGGCAUAAAUGUGAUUUAAGUUGGAUGUUGCUUCUGGGGAGGUUUUGCUGGGAUCUUGUGUUGGUCGCGGUUAUGCGUAAGUGCUGCGCAUACGUUGGCGGAUAUUUCGAUAUCGAAUAGAUAUUUACAUAUUGAAAUAAAAUAUUUUGUAUAAAA